AUGAGUCCAAUAGCUGACUUUGACCAGUAUCCGCCUUCGCAAGCUCCGUCGCGGCCAAAUUUCCAACAGACUCGAAGUGUAUCGCAUGACGUCUCGAAACCUCAGAGUCAGAUCGAAGCUAUGCCUCCACAGAUGUCUCCGGCCUCCCAACCACAAUCAUACAAUCCUGCAACUUGCCAUCCAGUCUUCUUCUCAACUUCUUACCAUAAACCACCAUUUUCUCUACCACUUGUACCCUCCUCUGGCUUUCAUCCUUCGGCAACAGGCUAUGUCUUCAACUCAAACAAAUCAACGCCUCUGACCAAGCUUUGA